AUGAGAUCAUCUAUUCCUUCAUUAAAAAUUCAAUUAAAAUAAUUAUAAUUCAAUUAACCAUUUUUAUAAUUUAAAAAACAUCAUUUCUUUCUUAAGGCUUUGCAAUUAUAAAUAAUUAUCUUUCUUUUAGAUAAACCUGAAACAAACAAUGCAACAGCAAUAUUCUUUUCAUCAAUGCUUAACUUCCAAGUGUAUGUGUUUUUGAGCUUCUUUAUUUUUGUAAUUCAUUCCCUUUUGAUAUUUCUACCUACAUCUUAUUAAGAUUAAUUCAAGACUCUCAAAGACAUUUUAUUAUUUGAAUUUUUCAUUCUUAAAAUUAUAGUAAAUUAGGUAAUUAUAUACCAUUUUUAGAUAGUUUUCAAAAAUUGUUGAAAUUUAAAAUAUAGUAUUCGAAAAGGUGAUAUCUUUGCGUCAGGCCAAUUUAAGAUAGUGUGUUUUAGAGGUUUUCAGUUUUUUUCCACUAGUAUAGUUUCUAAUUGGUGAAUAUCCAGCCCUAUUAGGACAGCAGAUUAAGAAACAUUUUGAUUUAUAUUUAGCAGAGAUUAAAUAUUUAAUGUCAUUUCAAUAAUUUCGAAAUAUGAAAAUACCCGUUAUUUAUAAGAAUUUUCUUUUUAUGGGGAUUUAUAUUUUUAGGAUAUUUGAAUCAAGCAGUUUUCUAGCUGAAAGUUAAUAAGUCAAAAAAUUAUUUAAAUGGAAUGAUAAUUCACUUGCCUUUGGUAACAUUAAUAAAAGAAUUAAACGAUUUGUUAUCUAUUAGCAGGUUAGGAUCAAUAGCAGGUUCUAUUAUAGAUCCUUAUGCUUCCUUAAACAAUGA